AUGAAGACGAUGAUGACAAUCCUCCUUGCCCUAGUCUUCAUACCAGGAGCCCUCUCAAGCAUCCUCGGUAUUGCCGCCCCCCAACCUGAGCCCGACCUCCAAAAUCCACAAGCAAACCAUCCACUCUGGAACUUCGACCUCUUCCACAACAAACACUGUCGAGGCACGACAAUCAGCUUUGCCGGACAGGGGACCUCAGGUUGUCGCAACAACCUCGAAGCGGGAGGCGCGGAAGCUUUCGUUGACGCCAAUAUCAGUUCAAAGUGCAAGCUGGUGCUAUACAAGGACUCGAAAUGCUCGCAUUGGGCGAAGAUCGAGGAAGUCACUACCAGGAUGAAUAAGUGCAGGGCCGUCCCGCCCAAGAAGAGGAUCCAUAGCUUUGAGAUUUUGUGCUGA